AUGGAUUACUUGUAUCUCACGUUUUGCGUAUUCAACGCGUACUUGUCCUACACCGCCACCAUGCUGAACAUAAUAGGAAUCUACGCGAUCAGAAAGACUUUUUCUUUACCAAAAAAUUUUAAAACAUUGCUUCUGAGUCUGGCUGUUUCUGAUCUCGGUGUUGGUUUACUAGCUCAGCCAAUGUAUGUUGCAUAUGUUAUGGACUCAAAACAACACAAUGAAACCAAUGAAACUUAUAAUGCCAUAUAUAUCGCGUUUCUUAUUCCGACGAAUUUCUUCCUUCAAGCGUCACUGUUUAGCGUCAUGGCUCUCUGUGCAGACAGAUUUUUGGCAAUUUACCUCCACCUCAGAUAUCAGGAACUUGUGACAAACAAGCGCGUUGCUGCUGUAGUGUUCUCAAUUUGGGUGAUAAGCGCAACUAUUUCACUGAUCAUGUUAUUCAUCCCAAAAGAUAUAAUGUAUGUGAGUUACAUCAUUAUUAAAGCUGCCUGUAUGAUAACUGCAGCUUCCCUGAGCGUCAAACUUUAUCUAACUCUAAGACGCCACAUAAACCAAAUUCAAGUCCGGCAAGUAGCGCAGAAUGACCAAGGAGAAAGUGUUCAAACAAAAAGGAAGUCUGCGAUGGCAUCGCUUUACGUGUAUCUGGUUUUCAUAGUUUGCGAUUUGCCUAAUCUUUGUGUGUUAAUUAUUGUCGCUACCAAUUCCGAAACAAAGAUCGAUGUAAACCAUUUGCAGUUUUAUACACUGACCCUAGUGUUUCUUAAUUCAACCCUCAAUCCACUAAUCUACUGUUGAAAGAUGAAACGCAUCCAGCACACUAUUGUAGGCAUACUUCGAAAUCAUUUUUCAAGUCCCACCUAGAGAAAGCUCCACCAUAUACUAUGACGAACAGAGGACUAAGAAAGCCUUAUAAGGUCAUCCUUAUACAGGUCUUGUACGGUCUGUAACUAAAUGAAGCUAGCCACUGAAAUGCUUUGCGAAUUACCCUACAUGUUAUUUCCAAGACACAAUCCACGCUGUCAUCAAUCAGUUUUUAAACGUCCUUAUGCAAAGUUUUAGUUUAAUAAAAAUUCAUUACGUUUGUAGAAUGAACCUUUAAAAGAGCGAUUGACGCACUUCACAGUGUCUUAUUGAUGCAAAACGAGCUAAAUGCCUUAAGUUUCUUCUUCAUCAUGUAACCUUUCCACUGUGUUAAAACCUAACAACGUUUAAAUGGUCAUGCAGCAAAGGUUUCAUUGAAAUAGACCUUUACUGAGAUGAUAUAGUUAUGUCAUAAUUGCAUUUUAAAUGUUGGUGAAGCUAAGCAAAAUAAAACACUGAUACUUAACAUGUAACAGGUUUCACAUGAACCCUUUUCUCAUUGAAAAGCGUAAGUGGAAUUCCUACCCCAAUAAAACAUUUAAAACAUUUACAGUGUACGAGAUUAUUCUUAAUAAAAGGUGGGGAAAAGUAUGAUUAAAAAACUUCCCUGAGACUGUUCUCGUUUAGUACCCUUAAGAUUUUAUGGUUUAACUGUUUUCGACUCAAAAAAAAAAACAUAUGUAUUGUCCAAUCCGUUUUGGUAUUUUGUAUUGUUCUGCAGUGUUUUUUAUUGUUAUUUUGAUUUCAGUAAACAACAUUUCACCAAGGAUAAUAAUGAAAAGAAAAAGCCACGACCGUAGAAAUGAAACCACCCUUUACCUCCAUCUGAAGAGAUGCUGAAAAUUUCCCCAGAAACGAGAACAUCAAACUUCAACUAGCCUGCGAGCAAGCUCUCUAUUUUGGGCGAGUCGCGAGAAGUCACGCGAGAGCAGCACGCGUAAAGUGACGAAAGUGCGAGGGGCGGGGUGAGAGGCGCGUUCUCUCGCGACUCGCUUUGCUCGAAAUAAAUGGAGAGCUUUCUAGCAGGCUAAACUUGAACAGCUGUUUUGCGUGCUAUUCAUUUUCAUGACAUUUUUGUUCGAUUGUGGAACCUUAACACUUUUCUUCCUAUACUAUGUUUUCACUUCCAUUCUGACUUAGACAGUUCUGAAAUAGCUUCCAACAGGAACGUGAAGCAGAGAGGGAAUUCGUGAAAAUAACGCGUUCUCGCCUAAAUAUGAAUUGUUGGUGCCAGUUUCAUAGUAGAAUUGGUUAGCAAGUGAAUUUCACCUCAACAACAAUAACAACAAGAGAAACAGUUUUUAAGCCCGCUUGCGUUUAAUGGUAGGGUGGAAAACAAAAGAAAAACUGUCCACUAAUGGGUUAUGUCGAUAUUACAAAAUGGCAAAUACAACACAAGUUAAUGAAAGAGUUAGGGAACCAUAUGAUAUGUAAAUUAAACAGCUGAAAUUUUCCGAGCUGGUUAUUUAAAACCUACUCUUAACUAAGUAUUAUUUUUUGACAUGUAUGAAAAAUUCGCAACCUUCAAAAAGAAACGAAAACACGUUGUAACUCCUUUAAUAGGGACUGUGAAGCCCUUACGUUAAUUGCAAAAACUAGAAGUCUUUAAUUUUGAAAUAUUACGGCAUUAAGCCUUAACAUAUUCAUCAAAAUUAAGUGGGCUAAAAGACUAGAGAGGAAGAGUUCUUUGUUAUAUUUCAAUCGACCGCUUUUAGUCCCAACCAAUAAACAACAAGUCAUUUUGCUGUAAAUUUUAAUGAAUAUCACUUCCUUUUAAAACACAGCAUAUGGAGCAUACACAAGGGUGAAGGACAGUUUUCUCCUUUUUCGCAUUUUGCUCGUUCGGAUGCAAUAUAGCCAUAUAGUGGCCCCAAUAAAGACAAAAAAAAACUUUAAAUAUGACUUAACUUUCAAAGGCGGGGAAAAUGGUGGGGCAAGUUUCCUGUGUUUUAGUCGAAGUUAAUUUAAACAAAACUUCCUGUUUUUAAAUUGGUAUAAAGCUAAUAAAAACACAUGACGAAUUUACAAUUUGUCUUGAAAAUAACAAAGAGAUGUAUUCUGAGAACAGCAAUACUUAAUGAUCACUGGCCGCGUCAUUGUGUUAAGAUGAAAUGUUUCAUAGUGACCCAGUUAAAGAGGAGUUUAGUCAAAGUACUUAUCAAAUGCUUCCCUAGUAAAAGUCGUGGGGAUCUAAAAGUAAGUCAAUCCGCCUCGAAGCUCUGGUGGAGGAAGUCCACGAAAUCCACCACAAAACCAAAAAGGACAAGAAAUGGAUUCCUCAUAUCUCGUAAUUUGCCUUUUAACUGCAUUUUUAUCUUACACCACCACCAUGCUAAACAUUGUUACAAUACACGCCAUAAGAAAAACUUCGUCCUUGUCACAGAAUUUCAAAACACUGCUACUUAGCCUGGCUGUUUCUGACCUUGGUGUUGGUUUACUAGCUCAACCAAUGAGAGUGAUUCUUCUCAUCCCUACGGACUGGAACGGAAACAACGAAACUAGUACGACUUAUAAUGCCAUCUAUAUAGCCUAUCUUCUUCUGUCGAAUUUGUUUAUUUUCGCUACGCUGUUUCUCGUCACUGUUCUUUGUGCAGAGAGACUCAUGGCCAUUCAUUUUUAUCUCAGAUAUCAAGAACUUGUGACACACAAGCGAGUUGUUGCUGUAGUCGUCUCAAUUUGGAUACUAAGCGGCCUGUUUUCGUUGACAAGGCUGUGGAUCCCAAAGAGUAUUAUGUACGUGGUAUUUGGCGUUGCUCAAUCUGGUUGUAUCAUAGCUGCCACUUUCUUCAGUAUCAGAAUAUAUAUGUCCGUGCGACUCCACGUGAACGAAAUGCAAGUGCUGCAGCUACAACAUGCACCGCAGAACGCUCAAAUGGUUAACGUUCGAAGGUUGCGAAAGUUUGCGAUUAUGUCAGUUUACGUUUGCUUCGUUUUGACGGUUUGCUAUCUGCCAAACAUUUGUAUACUCUUUGCUAUUGCCUUCACUUCUAGACCAAGCACUGGCAUAAAGCAUUUGCAGUCUUACACUCUGACACUGGAGUUCCUUAAUUCGUCGCUUAAUCCUGUGAUCUACUGCUGGAAGAUGAAACACAUCCGA